UGGUUCCCAGUGACUCCUCCCGUUUGUACAAGUUCAAGCAAGGUGGUUGCCAUGACGCCCCGGUGUGUGGGCGUGUUCCUCCUCAGCAGCAGGUCGGACAGGUCGGUCAGGACCUCCACAGAAGGCUCUCUGCCGGUGGGCUCUAACUUCAUCAAACCCACUUCCCGUGAAGUUCUCCCCGCGCCGCGAUGUUUGGGUCAAAUCACACCGACGACCGGAGCGGACGCCUCGACAAGCCGCGACAUGACCCACUGUGACGUCACUCGGGGUGCAACCAGGUGCGCGCGCGUCGGGCCCGGGGCCGCGGGACAGGGGCCAGGGGGGGAGAAGCCGCGAUGGGUCCGGCUCGGUUCGGCGGUCGGAGGGUUGAAGCGUGGAGCUGCGGGCUGCUGCUCGGCUUCCUGGGUUUCUGCGCCGGUUUGGAGGAAGACUGCGUCCUCGGUAUCGUGGGACAGCUCGUCUCGCUGCCCUGCGUCCUCCCCCAGCUGGUGACCGCAGUGAACGUCAGCGUGGUGUGGCGGCGGGGGGAGGAGGUGGUGCUGAGGUCGGCGUGGACGGACGGCGGGGACGUGGAGGAAUGGAGCGUCAACAGGGCCACGACCCCGGGGGACGCCGCGCUGACGGGCAACGUGUCCCUGCAGCUCCCCGUGGCCGAGGCCUCCGAGCGCCGCCUCAACUACAGCCUGCUCGUCACGUCGGGGGGGAACCACAGCGGCGCCGAGCUGUGCGCCGUGUGCCUCAGGACGGCGGCCAGGUUCAGCCCCCCGGUGCUGCGGCGGGGGGAGGCGGGGCCCGGAGGCGAGACCGCCUUCUGGUGUCACUCCAGCGGGGGUUUCCCCAAACCCGCGGUCUACUGGCUCCUCAACGACACAGAGGACCCCCCCCCCGGCGGCUCCGUGAGGACGCAGGCGGCGGCGCUCCCGCACUCCCUCCUCUACAACGUCACCAGCCGCCUGACGCUCCACGCCGCCGACGGCGCCAGCGUGUCGUGCGUGGUGGAGAACGCCGCCCUGAACGAGAACCUGACGUCCACCAGCGGCGGCGUGAGGGCGUGGGGGACCCCCGUGGUGCCCAGCAGGGCGUCGGAGGCCAUGUGGAUCUUCAGCACGGCGCUGUGCGCGGUGGUCGGGGUCCUGGUGGCGGUGGGCGUGGUCUACCAGAUCCACCUGGACCGGCUGAGCAGGAGGAGGCGGCGCGAGUCUCUAAAGGAGCCUCCGAACAGAGGUGGGUCUGUUGUUGGUGGACUCGACCUUUACGCCUGGUCCUUGGAACCGAUUCAAGGGGCUUUAAUUUAUCGGAUCAGGUUCAACCUUCGACUGGACCUUCUGAUCAAAUCCAAAUUCAUCCGUUAAAAUGAGGGUUGUUGUUGGAAUAUGUGAAAUAUAAAAACCGUUGAUCCGGAUGUGAUGAAUGUUUGCUCUCGGUUCAGGAUACAAGAGGAGGAACCCGAGGGAGGAGGAGGAGGAAGAGGAAGAGGAGGAGGAGGAAGAGGAAGAGGCCAUGACG